AUGCUUCGUCCACGUGACGUGUUCCUGAACGUCAACACGCAAGACAAGGAAUCAGAAUGCACUGCUCUGAUGGUGGCCGCCAUGAAAGGGCACGGCGAUAUCGUGGCGAUGCUUUGCGCGCAAAGCGCGGCCCUCGAUCUGACCGACAGACACGGCAUUACGGCUCUCAUGUACGCCGCUCGCGAAGGUCACUUGGCUCCGCUCCAGACCUUGCUUGCUGCCGGCGCGGACUGUAACGCCAAAACGAACAACGGAAGCACUUGCCUCAUGAUCGCCGCCAAGGAGGGAUACCACCAGAUUGUGUCGUGUCUUCUGCGCCAUGGAGCUAGCGACGAGUGCAACCAAAACGGAAGCACUGCUCUCACCUUCGCAGCCGAGAAAGCGCGGAGUGAGGCGGUGGAGGUCCUCCUCCAGCACAACGCCAACGUGAAUGCCAAGACCAACAAGAGAGGCAUCACUCCCCUCAUCUUCUCGGUCAAGGCUCGCGACCUCGUGACGGCCCGGAUGCUUCUGGAACACGGAGCGAAUGUGAACGCCCAGACGUCGCGGACUAAGUACACCGCUCUGAUCGCUGCCGUACGCAACAAGGACGAGGACAUGAUCAAGCUCCUCCUCGAGUUCAACGCAGACCCCUGCUUGACGUGUCACAUGGGACGGAACGCUUUCGACUACGCAGAAGAGGAAGGUAUCGACUAUCUGCGUAUUCCCUCCACCACGCCGGUCCAAGCCAUCUGA